AUGAACUACCCAUCUGUUCUUUUACUCCUAUUAAUUACCUCUAUAAACGGUGUAAGAGUGCCGAAACAUUAUGAGAUUGAUUUGGAUGCUCCACCAAGAGAGAGAUGGAAUAAAGUGGUGGAAGAUCAUCGCGAUCUUAUUCCAGGAUUUGUUAAAGUAGCUCAAUCUUAUGUACCAAAGCAUCUGCUACCUAUUGCAUUCUGGAUUGCAGGAGAAUUGAACCGCUUUUUUCCAUACGAGUAUGAAGAAGAAAUUCGAGGAAUUUCCAAAGCAUCAGGACUUGCUCUAGGUCAUGUAGUAUCCAUGAACAUUCUCUAUGAUAUCCUAGCCUUUGACCGAAAACAUAUACUGCAAUUGGGAUGUACAUCGAUUGUGGCGCAAAACGAUGAUGGAGUAAUUUAUCAUGGAAGGAACUUGGACUAUGGUAUAGUAGAUUUGCUGAAGAAUGUCACGCUCUUGGUUGAUUUCACUCGUGGAAAAGGAUCAGAAAAAGUGGGUAAAAGAAGUGCUGCAUAA